UAAAACAUGGCCGCGCCCAUAGAAUGUCACGUUUGAGGCGCAACCCGUAAACAAAUAAAAACAGUAUCAGUACAAGCAAGGGAACAACAUUAAAUCUAAGCCAUGGCAGACGAUAAAGAAGAGAGAAAAGAAGAAUACAAACUUGAGAAGUUUUCUGAAUUAAGAUUUGAAGUGGAAUCUAAAGCAAGUGUGAACCUAGAGCUAUGCAAUGGAAUGGCAGAGGUGUUUGGUACGGAAUUAGCCAAAAAUAAGCUCUAUGUGUUCCAAGCCGGUUCCAAAGUGGCCGUGUUUACAUGGCAUGGCUGCACCAUAAAACUCAGUGGCAAGACAGAAGUUGCGUAUGUUUCCAAGGAGACACCCAUGGUAAUGUAUGUAAAUACUCACGCAGCACUGGAACAGAUGAGAGAGAAAGCAGAUGCUGAAAAUUCACGUGGACCUAGGGUGCUUGUUGUGGGGCCAACCGAUGUUGGCAAGAGCACGCUGUGCCGCCUCCUCUGCAACUACGCUGUGCGGCUCGGACGAGCUCCAGUGCUGGCAGAUCUAGACGUUGGUCAGAAUCAGAUCGGAAUCCCAGGAACAAUAGGUGCCAUCGUGGUUGAGCGUCCUGCUGAUGUGGAGGAGGGGUUCUCAGAAGCGGCGCCUCUCUGUUUCCACGUCGGUCACAAGUCUCCAAGCGAGAAUAUCACGCUCUUCAAUCUCCUGGUGUCGCGUCUUGCUGAUGUCAUCAAUCUCCGGUGUGAAUCCAGCAACAAAGCCAAUAUAAGUGGUGUUAUCAUCAACACUGGGGGUUGGAUACGAGGAGGAGGAUACGAGUCUAUAAAACAAGCUGCAGGAGCCUUUGAAGUUGAUGCUGUGAUUGUGUUGGACCAGGAGCGGUUGUAUAACGAGAUGAAGCGGGACAUGCCUGAAUUUGUCAAGGUCAUCCUGCUGCCGAAGUCAGGAGGGGUAGUUGAGCGAUCAACACACGUGCGAGCAGAGAGCAGAGACGCCAAGGUUCGGGAAUACUUCUACGGCAUCAAGAACACUCUCUACCCUCACACGUUUGAGGUCAAGUUUGCAGAUGUCAAAAUAUUUAAGAUUGGAGCACCGCCCCUGCCAGAGUCGUGCCUCCCCCUGGGGAUGAAGGCCCAGGACAACAAGACCAAGCUGGUGCCCCUGCUUCCCAGUAACAACAUCCUCCACCACGUCCUCAGCAUCAACUCCUCCACCACCAUCGAGCAGACCAUGAUUGAAUCAAACACUCUGGGGUUUAUUGUUGUGACGUCAGUGAACAUGGAGAAAGGGACGUUCAAUGUGCUGUCCCCCGGUGCUCCCCCACUACCCAACACCAACCUGUUCGUCAUGGACAUCCAGUUUAUGGACAUCAAGUGAAGUGCAGGCAUCGUCACAGCAUUAGCCUGUCGAACUACAUACCAUGGUCCUCAGAGACAACAUGGUUACGAGAAGCUGUAUAUAAUACAGUCAGAUACAGGGAGGGCAUUAAACAAACCAAUAGUUGAUCGAGUUCUGGAGGACUCUGACUAUGAAGACCCUCAAUGAUUUCAAGAACUACUGACCUUUGUAAGUCUAUGACAAAUCAGGAGUUAUGGUAACUGAGCUGAGACCUUCAUGGGGUCAACAGUCCACAAUGUAUGGCCAUGUACUGAUGUCAGAACCCAUUACUGUCAUGUGAAUGUUGCCGAGAUUCCAAUGCUGAUGAGGACCAUUAAGCUGAGCAACUCUGUAACUUGGGACUCGGAACAAAAUCAGGCUCCAACUUGAAACCGUAAGGGAUGGAAGUCAUCUACCAAAUGUUACCCAAAUCAGAUUCCACAGACAAGGAGGAGUUAAGACCCUUCGGAGUCUGUCUUUGAUAUUUCUCUUGUCUACAUGCUGUUGAACAUGUAAAUAUUCUGUAGUUAUUGGGUGUACAAUUUCAUAAGGAUCAUUUUUUGAACAGUCAUCUGUAAAAAAUCAUUUUUUUACUGUUUUACUAUUUUAACAUGUUUGGAAAAAGCCAGGGAAUGAGAGAAUAAUUGUGAUGUCUGGCCUUGCUUGACGGGUAGGGGUGGGAAGGGUGUUGCAGAGUUGUGUCCCUUUGCUUGGAUUAUCUGCUUGUAAUAGGUUCAAUUCUAGGAUCAUGUCCCAGGAUCUCUGAGCACAGUGCUCAUAGGUUUUACUAAAUUUAUUUGCUUUCUGCGUUCUUUUACUCACCCUGACAUCACUGAAAUACCGUGUGAAACCCAACUCAUCCAUUCUAAGAACAAGAGUGUUGAUAGUAUCACCAUGUUGACGAGGAUGCCCACAUUCUACACAAGCAACCUGACUACAUCAUAAACUGUACAGUAUACAUGAAUUUAAUUUCAUGUCCAUUGUGAUCAUAAAGCCCAUAAUGUUUGUCGGUUUGUCAGCAAUAAAAUCACAAUCCUACUCAUUAUCCACUUAGAAACAUCAGUACUGUUCAAUAUAUUUAAUUUCAUGUUCACAAUCUUCAUAGUGAUCAUUAAUCCGAAAACAUGUUUUUAUUGCCAAGCAGUGUCUUCAUCCAAACAAGCCAACUUCAUCGACUGGCUGCAGCUGUAGAAGCUUCUUUGUGCAAAAUCCAGCGUGAUAUUGCUGGAAUAUUGCUAACAAGUGUAAAACCCAAUUCACAUACUCGUUCGUUUUGCAAAAUCAUCGCCUAAGGAAAAUAUGUUUUUAUUUUUCAGACUUGAUCUUUGACAUUUGAAAUUUUAGGAACUUGAUUAUGUUAUAUAUUUUAAGUAUGAUGGUUAAAUCUAUUCCUCUCAUCUAUUUUAUAUGUUUUAUGUAAUGACGAGAAAUAAAACGUGCUGUUUGUUCAUUGCCAAGCUGUUAAUGUAUUCAUACCUUUUCAAGGGGAUUGAGUUUCUCUUACAAUAAAGCAAUUUACAUGAAAA